UAUCUCGGGGAAUGGCAGGAAAAUCUUCUCUUGACAACGUUACAAAGAGGAACAUGGCAGAGGAAAGCAAACAGACUGAGCCGCUCUAAGAAGAACAAUGGAGAAAGAAACCAAGACAACACGAUUUUGUCUGAUCUGUAAUUACGUCAGCCGAAUCAUAGAGCCCAUCGCUUCCAGGUGUGCCAAGUUCCGUUUUAAACCAUUGUCGGAGGAUACGCUGACAAAGAGGUUAAAGGGCAUCUGUGACAAGGAAAGCAUCAGCUGCGAUGACGAGAACAUCUGAAGGAGAUUUGAGAAAGGCUAUCACAUAUCUACAAAGUGCUUCAAGGCUUAAAACAGAGGAAACUAUUACAGAAGCUGACGUCAACGAAAUAGCAGGGAAUACUGUACGAGAAAGAAAGGCAGUAUGCAUGCAUUUUUGAAAGGAGGCAGUGCUGCUUUAGAAAGAGCCAAGGAGAAAUCAGCUUCUUCCAGUGCUGAUAAAGAAGAACAAUCUAAAAAGACCAGACAGGUUCCGUGGGUUGAAAAAUACCGACCUCGGAGUGUGGAUGACGUAGCUUACCAAGAUGAAGUAGUGGCGGUCCUUAAGAAGUCUUUACAGUGUUCUGAUCUGCCGAACCUCCUUUUCUAUGGUCCCCCUGGUACAGGUAAAACUUCAACUAUUCUUGCUGCUGCCAGAGAUUUGUUUGGGCCAGAAAUGUUCAAAAAUAGAGUUUUGGAGUUGAAUGCUUCUGACGAGAGAGGAAUUGGCGUGGUUCGAGAUAAGGUGAAGAGGUUUUCACAGCAAACAGCCAGCGGUACACGACCAGAUGGCAAACCGUGCCCGCCAUUUAAAAUCAUUAUCCUGGAUGAAGCUGAUUCCAUGACUUCUCCUGCACAGGCCGCUCUAAGAAGAACAAUGGAGAAAGAAACCAAGACAACACGAUUUUGUCUGAUUUGUAAUUACGUCAGCCGUAUCAUAGAGCCUAUCGCUUCCAGGUGUGCCAAGUUCCGUUUUAAACCAUUGUCGGAGGAUACGCUGACAAAGAGGUUAAAGGGCAUCUGUGACAAGGAAAGCAUCAGCUGCGAUGACGAGGGGAUCAAGGCUCUGCUAAGAACAUCCGAAGGAGAUUUGAGAAAGGCUAUCACAUAUCUACAAAGUGCUUCAAGGCUUAAAACAGAGGAAACUAUUACAGAGGCUGACAUCAACGAAAUAGCAGGGGUUGUUCCUGACCAGACCUUGGACGACUUGAUCGUAGUGUGUAGCUCGGACUCGUACGAGAAACUGGACGCGGACAUACAGGGUCUGAUUAAUGACGGUCACUCCGCCUCACAGGUCAUCACACAGAUGCAUGAGAAACUGAUAGAAAAGGAAGACCUAUCUGACAAACAGAAGGCAGUUAUCUUUGAAAAGCUGGCGGUUGUUGACAAAUGUUUAAUGGACGGAGCUGAUGAGUAUCUACAGUUGAUGGCUCUCUUUACAACAAUCAUGCACCAAGUCUGUCACGGAUGACCUUGCUUAUUUGACGUGUAACGGACAAUUCCACAGUGACAAAGUCUGUCACGGAUGACCUGGCUUAUGUGACGUGUAACGGACAAUUCCACAGUGACAAAGUCUGUCAUGGAUGACAUGACGUAUGUUACGUGUAACCGACGAUUCCACAGUGACAAAGUUCGUCGCGGAUGACGACGUAUGUGAUGUGUAAUGUACAAUUCCACAGCGAUAGACUGGAAACUUUCUAUAUUGAGGCUAGUUGUAAAGAACAUGGACAGAAACUGCCUCUCUGCAUGUUAUGUUGCUUUAGAAUGGCCACACCCAGUGGUUUAUUUAGUGGAAUGUUGUUAUGUUGAAAAUCACUGGAUUAUAAAUGUUUUAACAAAUUUAAUGAGAUAUGUACAGAUUUAAUGUGACAACUGAAGUAUGUCCAUUAAUCAAAAAUUACAUUUUCACAGAUAGCAGAGCCGGUAUGUAACAGCGAAUGUUUCGUAAAUAACAUGCCAUGAUUAUUUUGGAAAAAAAAAUAGUAUGCGGUAAACAACUGUUUUAUG